AGUUGCCUGGCAGCAAUUUAUACUUCAUGGUUAAAUGAGGAUGGUGCACAUCUUGAAAAGAUUAUUGGCUCUAUUCUUGGCUUCGUUCAAGUUCCUUCUGUCGGUUCAGAUGCCAUUACAUUCUCUGUGGGCAUGCGAGACAAAAAGACCCUCAGCCCACCACUGUGGGAUCAAGUUCCAAUCACUGCAAAAUCUGUGGCUAAUGUUUUUAGGCUGCUUGGUGAGUGUAUAUUUAAAAAAUAGAUUUUGCCGUUGUCUGUUCAGUUAUAGAUACACAGUAUGACGUCAUAAGGCCAAAAAAAAAUAUGUGGAUUUCCGGUUUCUUCUUAUAAAAACUUAGGUAGGGUAGAUCGGUUUUAACUUCCUUUUUUUUAAACGUUUUUUUUAAUUUUCCGAACAAGCGGACGCCAUUUUGUUUAGUCAGUGCUUCCACAUCCAAAGAUAAAUUUCCCUAAUAUUGCCUCAAAUUUCAAUUUUCCACAAGCUUUUUCCUCUAAGUGGAAACACUUACAAGCAUGAUCCAAUAAAAAAGUUUAGGGUCGGGAUUUCGACGUCCAAAAGCUAGGUAGGGUCGGGAAACCGGAAACCCACAUAUUUUUUUUUUGCCUAAUGUGGGAAGAACAAAAAAGUGGCUCACGAGCCGCCGAGGCGAGUGAACUUCCUGCAUGAUUUAUUUAACCAAACUAUGUUAGGCAUGGCUGGAUUUUGAGGGGAGGUGUGGUGAGCACCGCACCAGAAUUUUUGCACUUCACCUGAAAAUUCAUGCACCUCCCCUUGCGAAAGUUUCGAUGAUAGACCAUAGUGAAAAUUUGACAUUUUUUGGUCGCUUGAGUUGGGGUCUACACUUCGUAAGAAAGUUUUUUCUGUAAAAUUGAAACAGUGAUAGCCAUUCAUCUCUGUGUCAAGUACCCUUUUAAUGCAAUAUUUUGAAAGAAACUUUGUUAGUAAUUGUAAUGAAUGGCAAAACUGGACGAGUUGUACAGUCAUAAUUCACUAAUACACUGAUACAUAUCUACACUACAUGCAUACGUCACGUCGUUGACUUUGGCCCGUUCUAAGCUCAAGCUUCCAUGGCGGUUGAGAGCUAGACCGCUGCACCUCCCCCACUAAUUCCACCAAAAUCCGGCCUUGAUGUUAAGUGGAUAAAUAACCAAGGGCCCCUGGUUAUUUAUCAACCUAGUAUAGUCUUUGUUAUUUUAACAAUGAUCUUCUGGUCAAAUAUAACCAGAUUCCUGGCUAUAGAUUAUCCAGACUACAGUAUAGUUGAAAUUGAAAUGCAAUAGCCAGGAAAUUUAGACCAUGUUCACUCUAAGGCGGCGCUGAUGCAGCUUGUAAACUGCGUAGAAGAAUCACAAUUAACGUUCGUGUUCAUACUACGGUACUCCGGAGCGAAAUUGUUUGAAAACGUCUCUUUUUGCCGUAACAAUUUGAACACGGUUUUUAAACGGAGCGAGAUGAAAACGGAGCGCUUGGCGGCUUCAUCUCUCCACUUUAGCAUAUUUUUUAUUAUCUUUUACUAUUAUUUUCCUUCAUACUGUAUAUUCUUUUGACAUAAUGAAAUAAUAUUUUGUUUUCUGGGUUUUGUUAUAGGUAUGCACAAUGUGCUUUCGUUGUUUUGUGCAUUGGUCACGGAGAACAAGGUGUUGUUGUUUUCUAGCAGUUACUCAUUGCUCACCAGUGCUUCACUUGGCCUUCUUGCUCUCAUGUAUCCUCUAAAGUUCAGGUUUGUAUACACCAGUGAACUCUAUUAUUAGUGAGUAUAUAUAUAUAUAUAUAUAUAUAUAUAUAUAUAUAUAUAUAUAUAUAUAUAUAUAUAUAUAUAUAUAUAUAUAUAUAUAUAUAUAUAUAUAUAUAUAUAUAUUUUACAACAUUUCGCAACGAAACUUUGGAAUAUUACUAAUUUUGUGAUGCUCUUUCAAGCUGUGAUGAAAUUUUUGUCUAGAUCAAAAUUUAGUCUAUUACGCAAGUGGUCAAUUGGUCGGUCAUUAUUAGAUCAUUACACAUAUUUACAUUAUAAUCAGCAAAAUAAUCUCCAGCGAAAAGAUUGAUUUCAAUAUAUAUAAGGGAAUUACGACGUUUCCAGCGAAGGUCCUUCGUCUGGAGUUACUAGACCUGACUCUUCCACAGUCCCUCAUCCGUCAUUCGUACGCGCGGUCGCGAUCGCCUUCCCAUUAAGCCCCGCGCUCCCAUUGUUUUUCCACUGAUCUCUAUUCCCAACUGAAGCGAUAAGGGACGAGGCAGUCACUAGACAGUAAGUAGCGCGUGAGGCGGUUUCUACAAAAACCCGAAAAAAACGAGUGAACCUGUUUUUUGUAAAAAUAUGUUCGAAAAUCGAAGCUACGGUAAAAAAAGACACAACACGCUACUCGAUACUCACGCAAGAUAUUAAACGUAAGGUAUUUUGAAGACGCUAUCAAAUUUCAAACAAAAUCUCUCUAGUUUUUCGUGUGUAAAUGCCAAAACUUGAGUCAUUUGCAACAAGUAUGGUUCGAUUUUAGUAAAAUACCGAUUUUUCGUCGGGUUUUUUUUUUUUCGUUUCCCCCGGUUUUUUCGGUUUUCCGGUUUUUCUCCAAAAGUAACAUCGAGUGUUUCGGUUUUCAAAAAACAACGUGUUUUUUUUCGGUUUACCGAAAAACCACCUCACCCUAACAGUAACUAACCCCAGAAUUGCUAUAGUAACUCCAGACGAAGAGCCUUCGCUCGAAACGUCGAGAUUCUCCUUAUAUAUUUUCAGGUAAUCAGGCAUCCCUACCAAGGAAAGCUUGUUCAUUUUAUUGCCACUACCUACACUGACACAGACAGUUUAAGAUGAUUUCAAUAUACAAUACCGAAGUCAGCUUGACAUUACGAAGCCCUUUCAAACGAGCUAGGUCAUCAUGUUGGUCAAACAACAUAUACUCGAACCGACCUGACCGCGUAUAGCUCAGUUGGCAGAGCAUUGGGCUAGUAUUCCAGAGGUCGUAGGUUCGAUUCCCACCGUGGCCAGGCAUUUUUUCAAGCCUGCCCGGUGUGGAUAUACACUCAGAGUAACAUCACAAGCAUCAUAUUCACCUGAGUACAUUACACCAACACAGAAAAAGUCACGAUUACUAGAUUGCAUUGACAUCGAAGGAACUAGACUCAUUUCCGAAAUAUCACAUAUUCGAACCAACCCCGUAGCUCAGUUGGCAGAGCAUUGGGCUAGUAUUCCAAAGGUCGUAGGUUCGAUCUCUACCGUGGCCAGGCAUUUUUUAAGCUUGUCCGGUGUGGAUAUACACUCAGACAGUCCUCGCAAUUUUGAUAAAUCUUCGGCGGAAAAAAAUUGCCGUCGAUAUUUCGAAGUUCGGCGGCAAUUUUUUUGUCAUUAUAAAUUGACACUUUGACAGAGAGCAGAAUUAUUAUAUAUUUAGUAUUCUCUUGACUCUACUAAUUAAAAGUGUUUGAUAUUCAAGGAAACCUUGUUUCACACACAAUAACAUUGAGACCAGCUAUCAAUCUUUUAGUUUUAACUUUGUUACACUACGGACGUUGUUCUAAAAUUGUAUGUAUGUUUAAACUUGAAGUUACAUGAAGUAUAUCAGAACUUUCGAUGUAUUUUAAAAUAAGCCACAAAAAUAAAAGUGUUCACAAAAGAAUAGCUCACUUUCCCGACUUAUUUUCUAAUCAUAUGUUCAUACUCAGAAGAACUAAUCAAAUUGAGAUUUGAGAAGCCAGUGAAGCAUCAUCAGUGAUACAAAAAUUUGUCGGAGGCAAAAAAUUGCCGCCGAUAAUUUAAUCUUCGGCGGCAAUUGCCUUUUGCCGCCGAAAAUUGCGAGGACUGCUCAGAAUAACAUCACAAGCGUCAUAUAGAGAGUUGCCUUUGAAAUUUGUCAGAAAAAUAACCCAGUAUCUAAUUUUACCGUUUUUCUUGUUUAGCUAUGUCUAUAUACCAAUAUUGCCAUCAUCCUUGCUGGACUUUAUUAGCGCUCCAACACCUUUCAUUAUGGGGGUUCAUACAAAUUAUAAAAACAACAUGCCUGAGGUGGUAAGUUUGCAUUAUAAUCAUAUA